AUGCUCGAAUUGGCUCGGUGUGCUCAGCGAAACUGAGGGAAAGAACACCGUGGACUCUGUGGCUUGCUGUUUAUUUAACUAGCAGUAGCUAACGUGUUUCUUAAGUUACAUGCAUUAUCGGCCUAUCUGAACAAGGCAGUUAUUGUUUUUAGACAGAAAAGUAGUCAGCUGUUAAACCAUGACGGAGCCACAGUCUGCGCUGUUACUCAGGAGACAGCUAGCAGAGCUGAAUAAAAACCCAGUGGAAGGCUUCUCCGCAGGUUUAAUAGAGGACAGUGACCUUUACCGAUGGGAAGUUCUAAUAAUUGGUCCUCCUGAUACACUUUUUGAGGGAGGAGUGUUUAAAGCACAUCUCACAUUCCCAAAAGAUUAUCCUCUCCGACCCCCAAAAAUGACAUUUAUUACUGAAAUUUGGCACCCAAAUGUUGACAAGAGUGGUGAUGUGUGUAUUUCUAUUUUGCACGAGCCGGGGGAGGAUAAAUACGGCUAUGAGAAACCAGAAGAGCGCUGGCUCCCUAUCCACACCGUGGAGACCAUCAUGAUCAGUGUCAUCUCCAUGUUAGCCGAUCCUAACGGAGACUCCCCCGCUAACGUGGAUGCGGCAAAAGAAUGGAGGGAAGACAGAAAUGGCGAGUUCAAAAGGAAAGUUGCUCGUUGUGUAAGAAAGAGCCAAGAGACGGCCUUUGAGUGACAGUCAUCCCGCCGCUCGCAGCUUCACUGCACUUUUCAGGGUCUCCAAUCGGGAAACAACGCGGCACUCUUUCCCUGCCCUCGUCCCGUCUGCCACCGGCCUUGUCCCCACCGAACUCCGGCAGACACGGAAUGGCUGAACAGGCCGCAGUGGAUCAAUGCCAGUCACGGACACUGACAGAGCAACUGAGACUGCCAACCCUAAAAGGAAAAAAAAGAAAAAAAAAACCUGAAAACAAACAAUAAGAUUGUGAACUCCAAUGAACUGCUUCGACUUUCAGGAAGAAUUGUAAAGACGUGUACAUAGCACAAGCGUUAAACUGGGUAAUAUAUAAGCUGUUCAUAUCCAUCUUUGCACACGCAGUACCGAUCAAGCAGUGCUUCUGUAGUUGGAAUAUGAACCCUGUAAAUUCCUGCCCCUGUCCUGUUUUCCGUGUCUGUUUUCCUUGUGCUUCUGCAGGCUCAUGUGAAAACAGCCCAUGAGACGGGAGGGUCUGGUUUUAAUUCUCCAUCUAGGAUUAAGCUAAACUACUUGGUUAUGAAAUAACACGAGGUAUACAGGCGUCUUUCUUGAAUUUUAAAAGGGUAUUUUUGAGGGUACGGGUAUCUCGAAGCCGUGCCAUUGUCAUGUUGGAGCCCUUCUUGCUUUCACCCCCUCAGGAAAAGAAAAAGGCCAUAAACCCAUCAAAGUAGACAUUUUGAGAGGAUCGUGUUGUUCUCUUAGCAUAAGGCGGUCAUGCUAUGGUAGUGUUGUUUUCUUGCAUACCAUGGUGGUGUGUUUUGUGUGCGACUGGUUGGAGAGACACUGGUCCGAGAUCAAAGUUAUCAGCUGAGGUGUUGCAUGUGCAAAAAGCUUCUUUUUUUCUUUUUUUUUUUUGGUUAAUGACUUUAGUUUGACCAUUUUUCAAAAGUGCCUCCGAGUAAAUUUAAUGGAGGUGGGGGAGACUGCGGAUGGUUGGAUCACUGGGUUAGUUCACCCAUCAAUUUGAGCAACAUGGGAUGAUUAAUAAUUCUCAUCUAUUUUGUGUUUAGCAGUCACAAUAUUGUAGGUAAAAUGGUUCAAUUUCUGUGGCAGUAUAAGCAGUCAAAUUUGACUCUUCAAAUUCAUGCUAGCUUCAAACCCACUUGCCAAAAUAGCUGGCUCUGUAAUGGCUGCCAGGCUUGGGGGUGGUUGUGACACUUAAUUCUGAAACCAAUCCAUUUUGGCAUUUAUUUAUUUCUCACCAUGCCUAGGCAAUAGAAGGAGAAAACAGACAGGAGUGUCCCAGUAGUCUUUACUUUUCAUUGAAAAGAAUAGAAUGUACUUUAGGCCUAUGCACAAGUUCCUGUUUAAAUGUAAUGGUGUGGUUUACUAGCAUUUGUAGCAGUGUAGGUAGGUUAUAUCAAAAUUGAGAGCUCUAGCAUAAAUACUCAUUGGCUUAUACAUGUUGGAGCAAAACGUGUUACAAUUGUCCCCAGUCUCCCUUACAUCCUGCAUUACAAAAGUUCAGGGCGAAAAUAAUGGAUCUGUUGCUAGGCACCCAUGACGUGCCUCUUUCUCCUUUUUUACCCUUUGUCCAAUGAUGAUAAUGCACAGUGCAUAUAAUAUUAAUAGCAACGUGGUGUAGCAAUAACUUUAUUUUCCAUUAGCAGAUGUGCACCCUUCAAUGUUUUGUUUUCAGUGUUUUGGUGAGAACUCGGACACCUGAAGCUAAACUCACUAACUGAAGCGAAUUUUAAAAGCUUGUUUUGUGGUGUGUUAGAUGGGCUCACUAAGCAUGCUUUACUUGUAGGUUUUCAUGUUUUCUGCAUUUUGUUACUGAUUAACUGUGUGUGCGUGCAUGUGUGUGUGCUUGUGUGUGUACGUGUGUGCACAUGUUAUAUGUCCAUGUGUGCAAGUGUGGAUUGAAAUAAAUUUCCCUCAUUUUGUUUUCUUUGAAUUAUUUUUGCUUGGAUGGACUACUGCGGUUUUCCUGCCUAAUGUACAAAGACAAAAAUACUGAUGUAUAUUUUUCAUGUAAUGGAGAUUGUCAGCUUAUGUAGUGAGUUCUUCCAAAAUAUAAUUUGUUUUCCAAUAA